AUGCUUAUAAAAAAAGGUCAAAAAAAAAAUACUAAUAUAAAAGCAAAGGUAAAUUAUAAGGAGAAAGAAAUAUGUAAUGACAUAACGUAUAAUGAAAUAAAUAGAAGAAGAGGAAAAAAUGGAAGUAAUGCAGGUAAUAAUAGAAAGGAUAAAAUAUCAGUUUUAUCCAAAGGAAGAAAUAAAAAAGAUGUAAGAAAUAUAGAUAAGGUUAAUAAUGAAAGUAGUGAAAUUAAAAAUAAUGAAGAAUAUGUUGGAAAUACAUAUGAUAAAGAUAUUGAUCAUAAUAAUGAUGAUAAUGACAAAAAUAAAGACAAUUAUAAUAAUGAUAACAAUGAUAUAGAAAAAGAGAAUGAUGAAAAUAAUGACAAUAAUACAAAUAAUAACAAUGAUAAAAUUGAACACAAUGUGCACAAAAAUAAUAGUAAUAAUAAUUCUAAUAUCAAUUAUUAUUAUUUUAAUAAUUUGAAGAAUAAUAUAAUGCAAUCAAAGAGUCGACUAAGAAAAAAAGUUAUCACAGAUGAUAGUAGUAAUGAUGAAAGGGAUAUUCUAAAAAUUAAGGAUCCAUUAAAAGAAGAAUCAAGAUAUAAAAAUAAUAUUAUAGAUGAAAAAGACAAUGAACAUUCUUCUUAUGAAAAUAAUAGUAAUGAUGAAAAUAAAAUGGAAAAAAAGAAAAAAAAGAAAUUUAGAAAUCUUUCCAAAACAUUUAAUAAAGAUUUAGACGUAACACCCGUUCACAGAAAAAGAAUUAGAAAAGUAAAUGAAAAUAUUAAUUAUGAUAAAAUAAGUAAAGAUACGUUAACCUUUAAAAAAAUUGAUGAAAAUAAUAUCAUUCAUAGUUUAAAUACUAUUGAUGUUAAAGAUCUUAGUAAUAGGGAUGAUAUGUUGCGUAAGGGUAUCAUCGAUAUAGAUAACUUAUGUAUAGAUGAUUAUAUAUUACAAAAAUCAUUCUAUGAAAAAAGAAAAAAUAGAAAGGAUUCAAAAAUAAAAUCAAGUGAUGAUCUAAGCUAUAAUUCUAAUUCUGAUUAUAUCAAUUCAUAUAAUAAAAAUUCAUUUAAUAAAAAUCAAGGGUCUUAUUUCUCUGAUAGUGAAUAUAAAACUCCAAACAGAAAAAAAUCAAAUGAGUAUGAAUUACACCUAAAAAUAUUCAACGAACAAAAUUUGGAUACAGAUUAUUUUAAUUUUAAUACUAUAAGUAUGAAAAAAUCUAUUAGAUUCUAUAUUGAAAUUA